UUAGUGGUAGGCGGCAGGUGGAGAGAGGGUGGUCUAAAAUACACCAUGCGCGUACGUAAGUGGAGAGAGAUUAGCUUAGCUUAGCUUAGGUGUUGUUUUGGAUCUGGCGCCAUUGAAAAGCCGAAAUGAUUACCCUUUCCCCUGGCCUUGCUAGUACUAUAUAUACCAAUACCAGUAGUACCACCACAUCUCUUCCUUUUAAUUACCAUUUUGCCCCUAUUAAGUUUCCCACGUCCAAAAUAUCUCUCCCAAAAUCAUCAUCAUCUUCUUCCUCUAAUACUCUCAUCUCAGAGCCAGAUAUGGAUGCCACCACAGUUGGUCAAAGUCUUUACCCUUUGCAUCGUUCCAAAACUAUUCAUCUGGUAAGACAUGCUCAAGGAGUUCACAAUGUUGCAGGCGAUAAAGAUCACAGCAACUAUAUGUCUUAUGACUAUUUUGAUGCGCAACUUACCCCUCUUGGCUGGAAUCAGGUUGAUAAUCUUAACAAACAUGUUCAAGCAUGUGGACUUCACAAGAAAGUUGAACUAGUAAUCGUCUCUCCUUUGUUAAGGUAUGCUUAAUACUUAUGUUCAAGUGCUCUUAAUUUCCUA